ACUCGUAGAAGCGGAUCGAGUCGGUGGCCUUGUGUCCAAGAGUUUGGUGUUGAUGUCACUUCAGAACUGAUAUUUGUCAAACCUUUGCAAAACGAACCAGAAAUCCGCGUGGCUGUCAGUACUGCAAUAGUGUCGAUGUUACCAGUGAUUGGUGUUGUGGUCUUGCAAAUCCUGAAUCAUUCAUUGUCCAAGUCUCUUGUGAUUGAAAGUCUCUCCGACGCUCCUUUCUUGUGCCCUGGGGCAGCAGGGUUGGGAUGCCUCAAGACCCUAAUUGUUAGUCCCGCACUCGACCCCCCACGUUAAUUUUCUACUGUUCUACUUGGCUAUAUUGUGUGCGCACGGUGUCCAUGCUGAGUGAAAUAUUGGCCUUUGACUUCUCUUCGUUUGGGUGACGAUUGGCUCACAAUUCUAGAAUUGGCCGAGCAACGACGAUCUCGUUUGCCAACAUGGAUUGACAGGAGUGUGGAACACCGGAAGGCCGAGCAUGCCUUCCGGUCGUCGGGGUCGCCUGACUACGACCCAAGACAUUCAACUCGUCUGUGAGCGGGAAGAAGACGUGACCACGCCCCUUCUUUCGUCUCUUUGUCCGAGGACACGUAACAUCCUCGGUACUAGCAGCCCCAGCGGCCGCCACAACUACUAUCCCAAAUACGUCAGCCACAGCAACCGGGUCAAUAGUAAUCGCACGAAGCAGUUCCGCCCGAGGACGGAUCCCAGAAGCCCGGAUUUGGCGUGUGCCCAGCCUCGACCAAUAUCUCCAAGCAAAGUGGUUGGGCCGCUCGAUUUGAGUACGCUGACGUCCGAGGACUCUCCCAAAGGUCGUCGGCGACGAAGAAGACGACCCUCGAACCCGAGUGGCCUGCUUUGCUGGCCUGACUACCAGAGUUGAUAUGUCCGAAGAUUCGGACUCGCAGACUGAGGAGGAGCGCCCGAUUUUCCGUCCUUUUACCCGAGAGUCCUUGGCUCAAAUUGAGGCCCGAAUUCAAGAGGAAAACGAAAAGAAAAGAGAAUUGGAGAAGAAGCGAGCUGAGGGAGAGGUUCGCUACGAUGACGACGAUGACGAUGAUGGGCCAAUCCCCGACCCAGCUCUUGAAGGCGGAAUGCCUGUCCCCAUCCGGUUGGCCGCAGAAUUUCCACCCGAGCUCGUGGCCACGCCCAUCGAAGACAUUGAUCCUUACUACGCUGACAAAAAGACUUUCAUCGUUAUUAGCAAAGGCAAGGACAUCUUUCGCUUCUCGGGAGAAGAUGCCGUAUGGGCCCUCUCGCCUUUCAGCCCGGUUCGACGAGUGGCCAUCCACAUCCUGGUCCACCCGCUCUUCUCCCUCAUUAUCAUUACUACCAUUCUCUUAAACUGUUUCAUGAUGAUCAUGCCCUCAAGUGCGAAGAUCGAGUCAUCAGAGGUGAUUUUUACCGCCAUCUACACGUUCGAGUCUGCCACCAAGGUCAUGGGAAGGGGAUUCAUUCUUGAGCCGUUCACCUACCUCCGGGAUGCUUGGAAUUGGUUGGAUUUCAUCGUCAUCACUCUCGCAUAUAUCACCAUGGGUAUCGACCUCGGAAACCUGGCUGCCUUACGUACCUUUCGGGUUCUCAGGGCCCUCAAAACUGUGGCCAUCAUUCCAGGCCUGAAAACCAUCGUUGGAGCUGUCAUCGAAUCUGUGAAAAAUCUUCGCGAUGUGAUCAUUUUGACAGUGUUCGCUCUCUCCGUGUUCGCCCUACUCGGCCUUCAGAUCUACAUGGGGGUUUUGACUCAGAAGUGUAUCCAAAAUUUUCCCGAGGAACUCAUCGAGAAGUAUUUGUACCAAUCCAAUACGUCCAUGGAUCAAUUCCACGAAGCCUGGGCCCAAUUCAACGAGAACUCCAGUAACUGGUUCUGGUUAGAAGGGGCCGCCCAUCCUGUCCUGUGCGGUAACGCCACCGGAGCUGGAACGUGUCCUGAUAACUAUACCUGCUAUCAGGGAUUUGGCCGCAAUCCUAACUACGGCUACACCAGCUUCGACACAUUCGCCUGGUCGUUUCUGUCGGCCUUUCGAUUGAUGACUCAAGACGUGUGGGAGGAUCUCUACCAGAGCGUGCUCAGAACGGCCGGAUCGUGGCACAUCAUUUUCUUCUUGGUCAUCAUCUUCCUCGGCUCGUUCUAUCUGGUCAAUCUGAUCUUGGCCAUCGUGGCCAUGAGUUACGACGAACUCCAGAAGAAAGCCGAAGAAGAAGAGGAAGCUGCUUUGGCGGAAGAAGAAGCUCUCAGGGAAGCUGAGGAGGCUGCGGCUAUGGAGGAACAGAAAUUCGUUCAAGGAGACGAGGGCUUGGAUGUGGUGGAUGAGGCUGACGAGGACGAAAUCAAGAUGUCUCCCCCAGACAACCGCUCGGAACAGAGCUAUGAAUUGUUCGUGAAGCAUCCUCCUGAUCCUGGCGAGACCAAAGAUCAGCUGAGUGUCUUUUCUGAAGAGCCUGAUGACGACAACAUCUCUGACUCGGAUUACGAAGCCAACAAUGGCCGGACCAAUUCUCGGCUUCGACAUCGACGGGCCAGCUACAGUCUCCCCAAUUCUCCGUUCAUUGGCCACUCUCACCUUCACGGGCACACAUACAUGAAUGCAGGGCCAUACCCUCUCCCACCCCCGUCCACGGCCAGCUGUCGUCGGAAGAACAUGUGUUCACGGCACUCCUCCUCGAGCUGCUCCAAGGCCUCGUCGCCGCAUCAAAUGUCUUGGCGCUCUAGUUGCGGGCCAGGGACCCGCAAGCCACCCCCUCUUAGUGACGCAGCACUCUCGUCCUAUUUUGAAAUCAGUCUUCCCUACGUAGACGACAGUGAUGCCCUCACUGAGUCCACCAGUGAAGUGUCCUUACCCCAAUAUUGGCGUCCCCCCAAGGGUGGAACCGGGGCCGGGGGCGGGCCCCCGGCGGGCAGCCUCAGUCGUAAAAAUUCAUACUGUUCACACGGAUCUCGGUGGUCCUACUCCUCUCAUGCCUUAGAUCACCCUCCUAAUCACAAUCAACAUCAUCACCCUCCUUCUCAUCCUCAUCCGCCUCCUCCUCCUCAUCAUUCACACCAUGUUCUCCAUGAUCCUCUGUCCGCGGCUUCUUCUUAUCGCCACAUAUACCGUUCAGCCUCGCGCUCCGGUUGGUGUACGGCGGAUGUGGAGGACGAGGAUGAGGACGAUCGAUUAGGGGGUGAACGCCCUUAUCCGCCCACUUCGGAUGAUAACCUCAACACUUCGUCCUAUCCGCCCGAUUACCUCGAGGUGGAGGGACGAACAACCUCUGAUACAGUUGCCAACGGGCAUCUCGACGACGAUCACGAGGAUGACCACGAGGACGACCUUUUGAGUAAUGGUGGAUUCAAAUCCAAGCUGGGCCUCUCUCCCUCCAUUGGAGAGGCAAGUUACACCAGUCAGAGAAGUUUCCGGAAGCCGUCCAAUCACAGCAAUCCAUUUCUGGAUCCAAGUCAAAGACAGUCAGUUGUCGACAUGAAAGAUGUCAUGGUCCUGAACGAUAUCAUAAAUCAAGCUGCUUCGCGUGGAGGUUCUCAAGACACCCGACGGACUUCGAGGAAGAUCAGCAUGUUCUUGACAUCCGACGUCGAGGAUGAGGGUCCAAAUUUCAAGGAGAGGCUGGUCGCUGCCGCCUACAAGUUCAUAGACAUAUUCUGUGUUUGGGAUUGCUGCAAUGCAUACAUCAGAUUAGCCGAGUUCCUCUCGUUCAUCAUCUUUGAUCCGUUCAUUGAUUUGUUCAUCACCCUCUGCAUCUUGGUGAAUACGCUUUUCAUGGCUUUGGAUCAACACGACAUGGACCCCAGCCUCAAUGAAACAUUAAAACAAGGAAACUACUUUUUCACGGCCACCUUUGCCAUUGAGGCCGUCAUCAAGUUGCUGGCCAUGAGUCCCAAAUACUACUUCCAAGAGGGUUGGAACAUCUUUGAUUUUAUCAUUGUGGCCUUGUCCUUGAUUGAGUUGGGAUUGGCCAGUAUAUCUGGCUUGUCAGUCCUCCGAUCCUUCCGUUUGCUCCGCGUCUUCAAGCUCGCAAAAUCUUGGCCUACCCUCAACUUGCUGAUCUCUAUUAUGGGCAAGACCGUGGGCGCUUUGGGCAAUCUUACGUUGGUUUUGGGAAUCAUCAUCUUCAUCUUCGCCGUCAUGGGCAUGCAACUCUUUGGGAAAAGCUAUGAAGAUAAUAUCGAUCGAUUCCGAACGAAGGAAAUGCCUCGAUGGAACUUUGUGGAUUUCAUGCACAGUUUCAUGAUUGUUUUCCGUGUGCUCUGUGGGGAAUGGAUUGAAUCCAUGUGGGACUGCAUGUGGGUUGCCUCGAAAGUCUGCGUGCCAUUCUUCUUGGCUACGGUCGUGAUCGGAAAUCUGGUGGUGUUGAACCUCUUUCUGGCUUUACUCUUGUCGAGCUUUGGAGCGUCGAAUUUGUCCUCUGCGGGCGCUGUGGACGAUGAUACCAACAAAUUGUCAGAGGCCUUCAACCGAAUGGGUCGAUUCCGACGUUGGGUCACUCGUGGUAUCUUGAGGGGACUGGUUUACGUCAGAGAUAAAAUCAUUCAGUGCUGUCGGAACCAGAUCAACUCCAGGCGAAUUGUCCCGACCAAGCCUAAUGAUCCCCACCAAGAUUGGGACUCAAACCUUCACGCUGGCUGGGAUUCGAACGACAUCAACGAGGAUGCUUCUGUUACAGAUGGCCUCAUGAGAAAAAUGGAGGACGAGCAGAGAUUGGAUGAUGACCAAGCCAUGACACAAUUUGACGUCAAAAUAGGCGUUGGCAUGGACAUUGCCAUUCACGGAGAAAACGGUGAUGUUGGCAACGAGGAUUGGCGAACCGCUCUGCACAAUCACAAAAGGAGUGUUUCCACCCGAAACGGAGGCUUCAUGGCUCCGUCCCACGACUUUGAGCUCAUUCCCUUUGAUGAGCUCAGCCUGUCCUCUUAUGGGAGUCACAAGAAUCGCACCUUUAAUGUGGGCAGUCACAAAGGCUCCCUGCAUUCGUUUAACGGAGCCAUGGAGAAUGGAUUGAUGACGAAAUCCGCUGCUCCAGUGCGGAGCGUCAUGAUCGAUGAUGAGCAUAUCGAGACCAAAUCCAUUAGUGACAUGGAUGACCCGGCUGAUGCUCAGGCCAGGAUCGAGGCCGAAAUUCUCGAAGCCACCACUCAAGAGCUCAUGAUGCAAGAAUACCCAGCCGAGUGCUGUCCCGACAAAUGCUACAUUCGAUUCCCAUUCUUGGCCGGUGACCACGAUUCCCCGUUCUGGCAAGGCUGGGGAGCACUCAGGAUCAAGACCUUCCGUCUCAUUGAGAACAAAUACUUUGAAACCGCUGUGAUCACCAUGAUUCUUGUCAGUAGUUUAGCCUUGGCUCUUGAGGAUGUCCAUUUGAAGAACCGUCCUGUCCUUCAAGAUGUACUCUAUUAUAUGGACCGAAUUUUCACCGUCAUCUUCUUCCUGGAAAUGUGCGUCAAGUGGCUGGCCCUUGGGUUCGUGAAAUACUUUACCAACGCGUGGUGUUGGCUGGACUUUGUCAUUGUCAUGGUAUCGUUAAUCAACUUCACAGCCUCCUUACUAGGAGCUGGAGGCAUUCAGGCCUUUAAGACCAUGCGAACCUUGAGGGCCUUGCGCCCCCUCAGAGCCAUGUCCAGGAUGCAAGGGAUGAGGGUUGUGGUCAACGCUCUGGUACAAGCUAUACCUAGUAUCUUCAACGUGCUCAUGGUUUGUCUCAUCUUCUGGCUGAUCUUUGCCAUCAUGGGUGUCCAAAUGUUUGCCGGAAAGUACUACAAGUGCAUUGAUUUACUGACUGGGCUCCGAGUGAGUGCUGAGAUCGUGCCCAACUCAGAGGCGUGCCUCUCUGAAAAUAACACGGCUUGGGUGAAUAGUCGCAUCACAUUCGAUCAUGUGGGCCACGCCUACAUAGCACUCUUUCAAGUGGCCACUUUCAAAGGGUGGAUUCCGAUCAUGAAUGAUGCCAUUGACUCCCGAGAUCUUGGACAACAACCUAUUCGAGAGGUCAACAUUUACAUGUACCUCUACUUCGUGUUUUUCAUCAUCUUGGGAUCCUUUUUCACACUCAAUCUAUUCAUUGGAGUCAUCAUCGACAACUUCAACGAACAAAAGAAAAAGGCAGGAGGCUCCUUGGAAAUGUUCAUGACGGAUGAUCAGAAAAAAUAUUAUGCAGCCAUGAAGAAGAUGGGGAACAAGAAACCAGUCAAGGCUAUUCCAAGACCAAGGUGGAAGCCCCAGGCCAUUGUUUUUGGGAUUGUGACCAACAAAAAGUUCGACAUGAUUAUCAUGCUGUUCAUUGCCCUGAAUAUGCUGACCAUGACCUUGGAUCAUUAUGGUCAAUCUGAGAUGUGGAGUUUCGCCUUGGAUAAUCUGAACAUGGGGUUCAUUGUGAUAUUCACCAGCGAGUGUGUGCUCAAAAUCUUUGCUCUUCGUCAAUACUACUUCAAAGAGCCCUGGAAUGUCUUUGACUUUGUGGUUGUGAUACUUUCUAUCUUAGGCAUUGUCCUCAGUGAUCUGAUUGAAAAGUACUUUGUGUCGCCUACCUUGCUGCGUGUGGUUCGAGUUGCCAAGAUUGGACGCGUUCUUCGUUUGGUCAAGGGAGCACGGGGGAUUCGAACUCUCCUAUUUGCCUUGGCCAUGUCCAUUCCGGCCCUCUUUAACAUCUGUCUCUUGCUCUUCUUAGUCAUGUUCAUCUUCGCCAUUUUCGGCAUGUCUUUCUUCAUGAACGUCAAGCAAAGAGGGACCCUAGACAGCGUGUACAACUUUGAAACCUUUGGUCAGAGUAUGAUCCUUUUGUUUCAAAUGUCGACGUCAGCCGGAUGGGACGGGGUACUGAAUGGACUCAUGAAUGAAGAAGACUGUCAGAAGGACAAUCCAGAAACUGGUGUGGCGGGCAAUUGCGGCAACAGUGGUAUGGCCAUCGGCUUCCUCCUCUGUUAUCUGGUUAUCAGUUUCUUGAUCAUUAUCAACAUGUACAUCGCUGUGAUUUUGGAAAACUACUCUCAAGCCACGGAAGAUGUUCAAGAGGGGCUCACAGGAGACGACUACGACAUGUACUACGAGAUUUGGCAACAAUUCGACCCGGACGGCACCCAGUACUUGAAGUACAACGCGCUCUCGGAUUUCUUGGACGUUUUAGAGCCUCCCUUGCAGAUCCAUAAACCUAACAAAUAUAAGAUUAUCAGUAUGGACAUUCCCAUCUGCAAGGGGGAUCUUUGCUACUGCGUGGACGUCCUAGAUGCGUUAACCAAGGACUUCUUUGCCCGAAAGGGUAACCCUGUGGAAGAAACAGCCGAGCUAGGGGAAGUGACCGCUCACACUGACCGACCUGGCUACGAACCCAUUUCUUCUACCCUUUGGCGCCAACGAGAAGACUAUUGUGCCCGACUAAUCCAACAUGCUUGGAAACGACGUGGUGCCCCGGAGGAAGAGGACGAGAGCCCUUUCAAUUACAAUCCAAGAGAUGACACGGAGGAGAGUGAUGAAAGUGAAGAAGAUGAGGCCAUUCCACCACAUAUUCCGCCCGAAAGACGACCCCUCACCUCAAAUUCAACUCGACGCCGCAACAAUACAUCAAGACUCUCGCAACCUUCCGUGGAAGCGGUAGAUGUAGUAGUUCAUUCUCGGUCUUCAUCCGUUUCUUCAACAACUACUACGGGAGGAAACAGAUUGUUUGAUGUCUAAUGUCAAAAAAGUGCUUGGACGAUGAAACUAACCGGCAGUUUCUACUGCAAUGGCUUCGCCGGCUCCCUCCUCAUUUAAAAACUUUGUUCUGUUCUGUUAAAAGAUUCUGAAUUACUUCCCUGUGAUUUGAGACUAAUGCCUCUCAGUGCCAUGAAUUCUUCGCUUCUUGAGAAAGAAUGAAUGCCUGGAGAAGAUCGAAAAGGAAAACAAAAAAACAAAAAACAAAGAAGAGCACAAGAAUGUACGUGUAUGAAUAAUAACACAUGGAAGUUGUUUUAAAAAAAAACAAACCUACAUUUGAUCAACUGUAUGAUUGCCAGCCAAUGGAGACAUCAACCUUAACAUAUGCCCCUCCAAAAAUCACCGUACUAACGUUAAAUGCCAUUUCAAUAUUCCGGAAUUUGACUCUGUCAUUCAUUCCCCAUUCAAACUCCGAAAUAUGCUGUCAUUACUCAUUCUAUAAUCAUUUGAAUGCUUAUCAGCGUCAUUAUUACUUCAAUUCUUCUUAAGAUUAUUUUUAUUGUCGUUAUCAUUACAAACAUCGCCAUAAUAAUAGUAGUGUUUUUUUCAUUUACAUCAACAUCCAAUUGGAUAAAAAUGCACAGUAAUAUGAUUCUUCUUGUAAGUGGUCCUUCAUCUCAUAAUUCAGGACUAAACGAUUUGGAAACAAAGACUGGCAAAUUCUCACAUGCUAAGAAAGAAACCAACAACUCCCUCCCGGUCUUAAGUUGUCGACUUUGAAGCACAAAUUGUCGAUAAAGCAUAAACAUACAGCGAUUUUAUAUACUAUCACUAACCAUACAUCUUGAUCCUCAACUUCUGUGUUUUAAAGAAAAGACACACAUUUCAUGAGAACAAAUAUAUCUAAAAAGAAAACCUAAAAUUCAUUGUAGACGCUAACCUCUACUCUAUAACCAAUGACAAUUAAGUGAUCUUUCAAGAAAUCAACAACUACUCCUUGCCUCGGUGGUCCCGUGGAGACCCCGUGGCACUUUAAUACUAGGUCAAUUAUUUCGAACUCCCACCCCAUUUACAAACCUGUCAAUUUUUAUCUAAUCCUUCUGAUAUCUCCAUUGAAUAUAAUAAACACUGCGUAACAUCAUGAAACGAA